AUGCCGGCAAUUAUUUCUCGGGGUUUUAUAAAACCUGUGGCCCUUUUCGCGGCUCUGGUACGCGGGUAUGCAAACCCUGGCAGUUGUUCAGGGGCCUGCAAUGUUCAUGACCCAACGUUGAUCCAGAGAUCGUCUGACAACCUUUACUUUCGGUUUUCUACGGGCAACGAGAUCUCUUACGCGAGCUCGUCGUCUAUCAAGGGACCCUGGACGGCCAUUGGAUCUAUGUUGCCAGAUGGGUCUUCCAUUGAUUUACCUGGCAAUACCGACCUGUGGGCUCCAGACGCACAUAUCGUCGAUGAUCUCUACUAUGUCUAUUACUCGGUAUCUGCAUUCGGGUCGCAGGACUCCGCCAUCGGCUUGGCAACCUCGGAGACCAUGGAGUCAGGGUCUUGGACCGAUCACGGUUCCACUGGAAUUGUUUCCUCGUCUUCAAAGUCAUACAACGCCAUUGACGGGAACUUGAUUGAUGUUGAUGGCACCUAUUACAUGAACUUUGGUUCUUUCUGGCAUGAUAUUUAUCAGGUGCCAAUGAACUCUGCCGCGACAAAGACCUCCUCUUCCUCAUACAAUCUGGCCUACAACGCGACCGGUACCCAUUCUGAGGAAGGUUCCUAUAUGUAUAAGUAUGGAAGCUACUACUACCUCUUCUUUUCCUCUGGUAUUUGCUGUGGUUACGACACAUCGAGGCCUGCUACUGGAGAGGAGUAUAAGAUCAAAGUCUGUCGAUCGACUUCCGCAACUGGCGCAUUUGUCGAUGCCGAUGGCACUGCUUGCACCAAUAGUGGAGGCACAACCGUACUGGCAAGCCACAGUACGGUCUAUGGUCCCGGUGGGCAAGGAGUAUAUGACGACCCAAGUCUCGGUCCGGUUCUUUACUACCACUACGUUGACACAACCGUUGGCUAUGCAGAUGGCGAUAAACUCUUCGGAUGGAACGCGAUUGACUUUUCCAGUGGAUGGCCAGUCGUUUAA